AUGGCGCAGCAAGGAUUUCAGCUAGUCCAUGAAACAGGUUGUGGUUGCUGUUCGAUUUGUCUUGAUUCACUGAAGGAUCCGGUGACUAUCCCCUGUGGACACAGCUACUGCAUGAAAUGUAUUAAAAGCUUCUGGGACAAAGACGAUGAGAAGGAAGUCUACAGCUGCCCUCAGUGUAGAAAGAGCUUCACACCGAGGCCUGUCCUGGUGAAAAACACCAUGUUAGCAGAUUUAGUAGAGGAGCUGAAGAAGACUGGACUUGGAGAAGCUCCUGCUGAUCACUGCUAUGCUGGAGCUGAAGAUGUGGCCUGUGAUGUCUGCACUGGGAGAAAACGGAAAGCCUGUAAAUCCUGUCUGCAGUGUCUGGCCUCUUAUUGUGAGAAACACCUCCAGCCUCACUUUGACGCAGCUACGUUUAAAAAACACAAGCUGGUGGAGCCCUCCAAGAAGCUCCAGGAGAACAUCUGCUCUCGUCACGACGAGGUGAUGAAGAUGUUCUGCCGCACUGAUCAGCAGUUUAUCUGUUAUCUCUGCUCUGUGGACGAACACAAAGGCCACGACACAGUGUCAGCUACAGCAGAGAGGACUGAGAGGCAGAGAGAGCUGGAGGGGAGUCGACUAAACAUCCAGCAGAGAAUCCAGGACGGAGAGAAGGAGGUGAAGCUGCUUCAGCAGGAGGUGAAGGCCGUCAAUGGCUCUGCUGAUAAAGCAGUGGAGGACAGUGAGAAGACGUUCACUGAGCUGAUCCGUCUCAUGGAGAAGAGAAGCUCUGAUGUGAAGCAGCAGGUCAGAUCCCAGCAGGAGAGAGAAGUGAGUCGAGCCAAAGAGCUUCAGAAGAAGCUGGAGCAGGAGAUCUCUGAGCUGAAGAGGAGAGACGCUGAGCUGAAGCUGCUCUCUCACACAGAGGAUCACAACCAGUUCCUACAAAAUUACUCCUCGCUCUCACAACUCAGUGAAUCCACAGAAUUAUCCAAAAUCCAUCCUCUGCAGUACUUUGGCGACGUGGCAACAGCUGUGUCAGAAGUCCGAGAUAAACUACAGGAAGUUCUGAUGGAGAAGUGGUCAAAGAUUUUACAGACAGUCACUGAAGUGGAAACUUUACUUUCACAUCAACUGACGACCAGAGAGGAUUUCUUAUGGUAUGCAUGUCAUAUAACGCUGGAUCCAAAGACGGCACACCCCUGGAUGAUAUUGUCAGAGGGGAACCGUAAAGUAACCAAUAUGGAAGUCUCAGUUUCUAAAAAACACGCCGGAUUCAAUCACACUUACCAGGUCCUGAGUAAAGAGAGUCUGACUGGACGUUGUUACUGGGAGGUGAAGUGGGAUGCAAUCGUCACCAUAGCUGUUACAUACAAGGAUGUGAGCAAUUCAGGGCCCUAUCAUGAAUUUACAUUUGGAUAUAAUGACAAGUCCUGGGGGUUAGACAGUCGCUGGGAUUACGUUGGUGUCAUACAUAACAAAAAAUUAACUCGGAUUUCAGGUGACUCCUCCCUCAGAGUAGGAGUGUACCUGGAUCAUAAGGCUGGCAUUCUGUCCUUUUACGACGUGGGGGAAACCAUGAAACUCCUUCAUACUGUGCAGACCACUUUCACUCAGCCGCUCUACGCUGGAAUUUCUCUUAGAUUACCAAAAGGAGACAAUGCCACGGUGUGUCAGUUGUAG